AUCAGAAAAAGAUAAAAAAUCGUUUAAUCUUUGUAUUAAACAACGAAGAGUCAUAAUAAUGGCAAAUGUAGUUGUUAGACAAGCGAUUCCAGAGUUGAAUUGCUUACGGCCAACAAGCAGAGGUUUGUCAGUGGAGAAAAGGGCAGCUGGUUCAAGAGAGAGGUCUCGGUCAUUGGAACCACAGACAAGAAUACCGAAGACAAGGUUUAAAACACCAACGGAGUCUGCUAUUGAAUCUCCCAAACUGAGUGAAGUCGAAGUUGAAAAGAUGAUUGUUGAAGGUUCCAGGCAAAAUCUACCGACAUUAAAACAGGUUUUCAAGACACUGGAUAUAUUUAACAAUGGUACAGUGACUCAAGGAGAAUUUUCCCAGGUUUUGUGCAGUUACUGCAACACAACAGUACCCCCUCAUCAUUUAGCCAAGUUUUUUCAAAAGCUUGGAGUGAACAGAGAUGGUACCGUGUCAUAUGCAAGGUUCAUCACCAAGUAUUUGGCCAAUGCUGAAAGUACUAAUGACAGGAAAGCAUUUUCACCAGGAAGUCCUUCCAAGGAUGAUUUUGAAACCAAACUUAAAUUAAAGUUGCGAGGUCAGUACACCGCUAUUGUUAAAGCGAUGAAACUAUUCGACUACUGUCAAGAUGGCUUUAUACAGAAGCAGGAACUCAGAAGAGUCCUGGAAAACUUUUGUUUCAGACUUACUGACAUGCAGUUUGAAAGAAUGUGGGCCAAGUAUGGCAAAGCGAGUAAUGGCAGCAUGUUGAACUAUAUGGAGUUUCUAGAGGAGCUAGGUGCUACCAAGUCCGCCUUACAAGAAGUAGGAAAGCCUUCACAGAAUGGAGAGAAAAGAUCCCGGCCUACCCAUACUCUUCCAACAUCGCCUAUCUCGCCACCGCCAGAAAAUUACAUUGAACAAACUUUUAAAGAAAAGUUCCUUGCUAACUAUGAAACUAUUUAUCGAGCUGUAAUGGUGCUGGACCAUCGUGCUAUUGGUUAUGUUCCUCUGACUGAAUUCAAGAAGGUCAUUGUAAAACAUACUGUACCAAUGUCGGACACUCUUUUUCAUUCCCUUCUACAAAGAUGUGGAAUCACAAUCAGUCAUCGCAUACAUUACGAACGUUUCAUCGAUUAUUACGGCAAAGCCCAGACAAAUAUUUUAUGGCAGCCGGAAUCAACCACGACACAAGAGGAUAUAUUCAACGCACUUCAGUCACACAUCAACUCGAGUUUCACAAGCAUCAAGGAUGCCUUUUUGGAGUUUGAUUAUAACAAGGAUGGUAAAAUCAGUCGAAGUGAACUGCGAAGAAUUGUGGAGAAGUUCUCGUUCCGUCUUUCUGAAGAGGAUUAUGCAAGAUUUAUGGCUCGUGUCGACCCAGAACACAAAGGAUAUAUAUCAUAUCACAGAUUCCUUGAGAUAUUUGAAAACAAACAUUCUAACAAGUAUGGCCAUCCACACUUAAAAGAUCAAAAUAUUCCUAAACAAGUUUCUCCUCCUUCCAUUAAAACUUGGUCUACGGUCGAAGAAAUCCUCCGCAAUAAGAUUAAAGACAACUGGCAAUCGGUUGCAAACGCCUUUAUUGAUGUUGACACAAAUCGCGAUGGUUGUUUAUCACGUAACGAACUACGCAAGUUAUUGGAAAGAUAUUGUCUGCCACUAACUGAUGAUCACUUUGAAAUGUUGUGGAGUUUGUCGGAUGAAAAUAAAGAUGGAAAGAUUUCUUUCAAUGAAUUUCUGAAUAAACUGGGUGUUGACAUCAUCUCCUCAGAUCUCCAUGGUUACAGCAAGAAGAUCACAGACGAAAGUGAAGCAAGAGAACAGUUUAUGAAACAAGACCAACACGUCAGGCGAGAUCGUGGUCCAGCACAGAUAACAGCUCGACAAGCCAUUGGCAUACUGAGGAAUUACGUGAUGCAAAAGUCAACUGAUUUGAGAAAAAUGUUCGUAAAAUUUGAUUCGAACAAUGAUGGUGAAAUAUCGGACAUGGAAUUCCGUAAGGUUCUGGAAUCCCUUGGGCUGGCAAUAUCAGAUCGUGAAUUUGAAGUUCUUUGCACACAUGUCGGGUUUUUGAAUGGCACCUUAUUGUACAAUAAAUUCAUUAAACAUUUCCAAGGAGCGAGAUCUGAAAAUAACCGUUCAGACACACGAAGGUUCGAAGUAAAGGAAGUAAAUAUAUCAGAUGUUCUCUUUUCUGCUGAGGAAGCAGAGGCCAGAAUUAAAUCAAAAUUACAGCAAAAUUUCUCUGGCCUGCGUGAAGCGUUCUACAAAUUUGACGACAACCACGAUGGUCAGGUCACCAGAGGAGAAUUUCGUCGUGUUUUGAAACUAUUUAUGAUCACCAUGACGGAUUCAGAGUUCGACAGACUCCUGAAUAAAAUCCAGUUUGGCCCUGACGAGACUCUGAACUAUCGCGACUUCUUGAAGAGAUUUGAAAAAGCUGAGAAAGUCGAAAGUCAUGGUUGGCUUAUGGGGAAACGCGAGGCAAAAUCGGCGAGUGACGUGGGCCAUGUUACAGCAGAACAAGCAGAUGAAAUCAUAAAGACGAAGGCAACACAGCAAUGGGAAGAUCUUUCCAGAGCAUUUCGAAAUUUUGACGAGGAUGGAAACGGAAUUGUGACUAAGGCAGAGUUAAAGAAUAUUUUAUAUCGCUAUCAACUUUCCUUAACUCAACAGGAAUUUGAUAAACUGUGGAACAGGUACGACACUGACCGCAAUGGAUACGUGGACUACAAAGAAUUUAUUGCAAAACUUGGAGUGGAGUUCGCAUCUGGAGAUACAGACGGCCACAGCAGAAGGAUCAUUGAUGAGAGUUAUGAUACGAUCAUGCCUGAGUUUAAAAACAAGUACAAAGAGAAUGAACGAAGAUCGAAAGAGGUUGUUGAAGAUAACCAGGUAGCCCGUGAAUCACACAGGCCGUUGACAACAGACGUCGAUAAAAAACUGAAGGAAAUCGUUUUAUCAAGAUUUUAUAAGUUUGUCAAGGCUCUGGUGGAGGCGGACACAAAGCAUGAUGGCAGCGUCACGCGAACAGUUCUUCACAAAAUAAUCAACGCAAAUGGUUUACAACUGAGUAACCAUCAAAUGAAUCAAGUGUGGAACACGUUUGGUUUGAAUGAGAACGGGACAAUACAAUACAAAGAUUUCUUGUCGAUUUAUACCACUACUAACAAUUCGCCACAAAGAGGUUCCACCAAAUCUUCAAACGUCAAAACGCCGCAAAAGUUUCAUACGAGAGUUCGCAGUGCUCCUCUGUCAAAACCUUCAACCCCGUACGGGGCAUUUAGCUCUUCUGGAAAAAGAAACCUAUCCGUUAGAAGAUCGACACCGGCAGCUCGACCCAAGUCUGCAAUCAAAAUCCUCACUCCUCCUGGAUAUGCAAAAGAGAUAGAGAAACGCAUCAAAGAUAAGGUCUGUGAUAAAUGGCGAGAUUUGGAAACAAACUUCAUGGAGUAUGAUGUUAUGAAUUCAGGAGUUGUCUCAUUCCAAGCAUUCAAAGACGUAUUGUUUGAUUGCAACGUACCCCUUACCCCGGACGAAAUUCGUGUUCUUGGAAGAAAAUACGAAGUUGGUAAUACAGGAAGCAUUUCUUACAUGGGAUUUUUACGAAGUUUCUUGGAAGAUCAAGUUCGUGAACCUAUCGAUAAGACUCUUUCGCGUUCAAAACUGCAACCAACUAGGAUCCUGUAUAGUCCUGGUAAAACAAAUGAUCAACUAUUGGCUCUCAUUGCAAGAUUACGUCAUCAAAUACGUCAUGACUGGAAAAGCCUGCGCAGAUCAUUCAAGGCAUUAGACCAACAAGCCAAUGGAACGUGUAGUACACUGGCGUUCAGACAUAUCUUGAGAAAAUACAAUAUUGAGCUAACAGAAGAGGAGUUCUACCACCUGACAACAUAUUAUGACAAGAAUGUCAACGGUAGGAUACCUUACAAUGAAUUCAUCGGAGCACAUCUUGAUUAAUAGGUUCCGCGCAUACGGCAUAUCUUCAUUUAUUUGUGUACAUAUCCAUCGCAAAGCGUAGUGUCUAGCUAGUCCUUUGGACAAUUUUGACAUUCACAACAUAUCUAACUUAGCCAAAUGCACCCUAUUUCGGGGCCCUCACACAAUUUGUUGAUGGUGGCACCAUUAGGUCCGUGGAUACAUUGCUACAACUCUGUUGCAUGCAUUCGUAUUUGUACGUUCAUUGUAUGCAUAACAAUUGUAGUAAAACAAUCAUUAAGAGCAGGCACAACCUGAGUUAAAGCACUGUAUAUACAAAAUAUAUAUCUUUAUUUUUAACUACACAUACAUCAAAAUAUA